AUGCCGAACGGCUCGAGCAUCAAGCUCCUCACGGGCAACUCCCACCCCGAGUUGGCCCAGAUGGUUGCGCAGAGGCUCGGCAUACCCUUGACGCCCUGCACGGUCAAGAAGUUCUCGGACAACGAGACGUCGGUGCAGAUUGGCGAGUCGGUGCGAGAAGAGGACGUCUUCAUCAUCCAGACCGGCUUCAACCCUUCACCCCAUCCCUUCGGCGCCAAGGCUCGCCACUACGGCACCGACAGCGACCCCGAAGUCACCCGCCCCGGAACUCCCCUCCCUCCCCUCGCGAAUCGCAACGACCUCAACUCCCGCCCCAGCAGUCCCUCAAAGCCUGCGCCUGCACCCGCCAACGACCCGAAUGAUCUCCUGAUGGAGCUCCUCAUCAUGAUCUCGGCGUGCAAGACGGCCAGUGCGAAGCGCAUCACUGCCGACCGAAAAGACAAGUCGCGCUCGCCCAUCACCGCCAAGCUCGUCGCCAACAUGCUUCAAAUCGCUGGCUGCGACCAUGUCAUCACGAUGGACUUGCAUGCGAGCCAAAUCCAGGGCUUCUUCCAGGUCCCGGUUGACAACCUGUGGACGGAGCCGAGCAUGGUCAGGUGGGUCAAGGAGAACAUCGACGACUGGCACAACGCCAUCAUCGUCUCGCCUGAUGCUGGAGGAGCUAAGCGCGCGACGAACCUCGCCGACCGCCUCGACUGCGACUUCGCGCUCAUCAACCGCAACCGGAGCAAGGGCGACGGGCCCGACUCGGAGGGCAAGAUGGAAUUGCUCGUCGGCGAUGUCAAGAACAAGACGGCAAUCUUGAUUGACGACAUGGCCGACACUGGCGGCACGAUCAAGCUUGCGACGCAGACGUUGGUCGAGAAGGGUGCGAAGGAGGUGUAUGCGUUGGUGUCGCAUGGCCUGCUGUCCGGCCGGAGUAUGGAGGAGCUUGCGAAGAUGCCGCUUGUCAAGGUCGUCGUCUCGAACACGGUCUGCCAGACGGAGCACUUCAAGACGGCGCAGGGCAAGCUUGAGGUCAUGGACAUCAGUCCGGUCCUCGCCGAGUCAAUUCGCCGGACACAUAACGGCGAGUCGAUCUCGCUCCUGUUCAAGUAG